UGUGACACUCCUUACGCGAGCGUGACUGUUGCGCCUCGGAGCGCAGACUCGCCAACCCACCCGGAUACCUGUGGUCAGCCGAUCACCUGGUGGACCCAGGAGGACCUUCUUCUUCGCGCUAAAAUGUCUGAGGAGCCUCAGGCCCUGGCGCUCCCUCGCCCCGGCGGCCGCCCUGGCCCCGCUCCGUCUCUCCGGCCCGGCUGCCCUAACGGAAGCAUGACCCUCACCAGCGCGCCCUGUGAGGUGGACACCAUGAGCCUGUUCCAGGACCUGAAGCUCAAAAGACGGAAGGUCGACUCCCGUUGUAGCAGCGAUGGGGAGAGUGUCCCGGACACCAGCACCUCGUCCCCGGACAUGGCGGGGUCGCCGUCACCGGGGCCGCCGGCGGCGCCCCUGCCCCCGCUGCCGCCCAGCCCGCCGCCCCCCAGGUCGCCGGCCGAGCCGCUCGCCGACUCGCAGCGGGCGCGGUCGCCGGGGCACGCGGCGCAGUCCCGCCUGGCCAGCCGGCCGGACGCCGCCGACACCAGCGUCUUUGACGGCGGCGGGGGCGGCAAGGACUCCAACCACCACCCCCACCCGGGCCACGGCGCCCACCCGGGUCACAGCGCGCACCCCACCAGCACCGUCAUCAGCGUGGUCGUCGGCGGCCAGCAGAUGACGCAGCGGCAGUCGGAAGAGCACGAAGAGCAGCGGCUGCGGCAGCAAGAGCAGCAGGAGAGGAUACAGCAGGAGCACAGGAUACAAGUGGAGCAGCAGCAGAGGCUACAGCAGGAGCACCGGCUGCGCGCGCAGCAGGAGCAGGAGCAGCAGCGGAUACGGCACCAGGCGGAGCAGGCCGAGGCGCGGCUGCGGCACGAGGAGCAGCACCGCCACCUGCUGCACCGGCAGCGCGCGCCCGGCCAGCCCGGCGGCCAGCCCUCGCCCAUCCCCGUGUCGGUCGUCACCCCCACCAAGAACCCGUCGCCGCCCACCUUCUCGUGGGUGUCGGCGCCCAUCCGGGUCAAGUCGGAGCUCGUCAACAACAACAGCUCGGCCAACAACAACAACCUGCUGCAGCAGCAGCAGCAACCCCAGCACCACGAGGCGUCGUCGGCGCCGACCGGCUUCUCCCCGCGCAUCAACGGCGUGCGGCCCGAGCUGAUCGGCGGCGGCGUGCCGCCCGGGGCCGCGGCGCCCGGGGGGCCCGGGGGCUCCCCGCACAGCCCGCAGCCCUCGCAGGCGCCGCAGCCCGCGCGGCCCGCGCCCACCGUCAUCAUGGGCGAGGCGGGCGGCGUGCGCACCAUGGUCUGGUCACAGCCCAUGGCCACGGCCGCGUCGCAGACCUCGGCCUCGGCGUCGUGGAGCUCGUCGUCGCCGCAGUCGACGCAGUCCUCGUCGUCCAACUCGCAGCACGACGAGAGCGCGGCGCAGCUGCUGCUCAGCCUGGGCAACAGUGUGCCGCCCCCGCAGCCCGAGCAGCACCACCAGGUCGGGUCGACGCCGCACCACUUCCCCGCGCCGCUCAACAUGGAGCGCCUGUGGGCGGGCGACCUGUCGCAGCUGCCCGCCGCCCAGCAGCUGCACGCCCUCAACCUGUCGGCCGCGGGCCAGCCGCUCUGGGCGACGGCCGCGUCGCGGACCAACGGCGCGGCGGGCCACGGCCAGGCCGGCCACGAGAAGGCGACCCUCGCCCUGCAGCCGGACGAGGACGACCAGCCCAUGAUCUGCAUGAUCUGCGAGGACAAGGCCACCGGCCUGCACUACGGCAUCAUCACCUGCGAGGGCUGCAAGGGCUUCUUCAAGAGAACAGUCCAGAACCGUCGAGUGUACACCUGCGUCGCUGACGGAACCUGUGAGAUCACCAAAGCUCAGCGGAAUCGAUGCCAAUACUGCCGCUUCAAGAAGUGCAUUGAGCAGGGCAUGGUGCUGCAAGCUGUCCGCGAAGAUCGCAUGCCUGGAGGCCGGAACUCGGGGGCAGUCUACAACCUUUACAAGACUAACACUCCUACGCCACUUGCCCUUGCUCAGGUCAAGUACAAAAAACAUAAGAAGAACGCUCGGGCCAACGGGCAGGUGAAGCCCGAGAAACCACCGACGCCGACACCGGGACCCGUCCAGCAGCAGCAACAACAACAGCAACAACAGCAGCAGCUGCACCACCUACAGCAGCAGCACCACCUACAGCAACAACAGGAGCAGCAGCGACAACAGCAGCAGCAGCAACAGCAACAACAACAGCAGCAGCAGCAACAGGCCCUGGGCCAGACCAAAGGACUGGCUCUCCUAAGCCAAGAGCACGCACUCUCUCCUCAUCUUGUAAACGGGACCAUCCUGAAGACGGCGCUAACAAACCCCAGCGAGGUCCGCGAUGGACGGACGGCGCUCGCCCUGGGUACCCUGGGCCCCGCGGGGGGUGGCCUAGGGGGCUCCUGCGGCCCGGGGGCGCCCCCGCAGGCCUUGCCGCAGGCCAUGGCGCCGGCGCCACAGGGGCCGAGCCCCGGCAGCCACGGCCCAGGCUCCAGCCCCGGCCACAGCCCCCUGGCCGCCCUCGGGCUGGAGCUGGAACACUUCCAGCGGAACUUCGAGGUAAGCUUCGUGUCGAGAGAACCCGAAGCUCAUCGCCGAAGCUCGCCAUUUUGUGUGCCGCUGCGCUAUGAACAAUUUUGAAAACUUUUUGUUAACGUGGGCUGGGAUAAUUUUGAACCGCGGCUCGGUCUUUUGAGCACCACUCCAUAGACCGGUCAAUAUGAUCAGUUCUAACAGGAAAAUUUCAAAGUAUAAAAUAUUUUUAAAAACGACUUAAAACAGAAAAACGUAAAAAAUUAUCGCAAUGCAUAUUUUGACUCGCGAGCGCCGGUCUCGUCGUCGCCGAGAUGCGUAGUGCAACGCGGCGCAGCGAGUUGGGUUGCCUACCCGAGCUCCGUGCGGGCUGCACCAUGCCCUGCAAGGCGAGGUGAGGAAGGCAACCCAACCGACCGCGUAGUGCUCACCCGUGGGGACUAUCGCCGAAACUAUCGCAGGGCUCGGAUAUGCAAAAUUGCUGGAAUAAAAAGAAACCGGCUCGUUUUAAAUGUAUAUACCAGUAUCUUUUGAUCGCGGCUGCCUCGCCUCCUGCUUUCAUUGUCACGCUUAUCAUGCCUCUUUCUUCCUCUCACCUGUCGUCGUGGCCUUUCUUUCUCUCUCACACUCUUUCACGCCAAUGGACGCGCUAACCUCUGUGCCUUUCUCUCUGUGCGUACGUUUGCCUAUACGUGUAUACAUGUAUUUCUUUUUUUGUCUGUGUCUUCACGCCAUACGUACUCUAGAUUUCCGCAUGCAGUUUUUUCACCAAUCGGCUUCCCCUCUCACGUUAUCUAUUGUUGUGUUAUUGUACCUCGGGGGGUGCACUAAUACGUGACACGCGACAGGCGCACGUUUUAACCGAGAAAAAUCAGUUAAAUCGGUGAAGAUUAAAAUAUUGAUCCAGACCUUGUACCCCCCCCCCCUUCUUCUUUUGUCCUUUUGUCCCGACUGCUUCGUCUCUCGCAUUCGCCCGUGUACGUCGCUCUUUCUCUCUCUCGCUCUGUCGGACCUUGUCCCACCUCACCUGCCCGUGCCGUGCGCCGCGCACGGUGCGUGAGACGGUCCCUCCUCCAGACGGACCGCUACGCCGAGGCCACCUUUAGGCCCGCCUCACGGCCCGCCUUCAGGCCCCUCGCCGGGCGCAGGGAAAGUGCGCUCUGCUCCUUGGUCCGUCUGCUUUCACUGCCAGGGCCGUCUGUUGACCUGCCCCCUCUCCCCAGCGGAGAGCGGCGGCGGCACGGUGCGUCACCGGCCGGGGCGUGGCGGGGCGUUGCGGCCAGGAAGUUCACAUCAGGUGCGAACGCAACCGGAGCGAGUGGCUGGCUGUGGCUCCUGCCUGUGCUGCCGCAGCCGCUUUCUCGACCCCGGCAGACGAUGUGUCAGAGGCUGGAUCUUGUAGCGAAAGAAGUAUCCGUUUCCAGAUUUAAGAGAGUUCCUUUUAGGCAUUCCCGGGGACUGUCUGUAAAAACUGGGGAAGCUUUGUGGCCUGGUCUGGGGACUGUCUCCUUCCCAUAUGGGCUAAUUUUUAUUUUCAUGGAUUAUAAACUAAUUUUGACCCAUUGAAUAGCUAUUUUGAAAAACUAAAAUAAUGCAAAAAAAAAAUCUCUCCUGCAGUUUUGUUUUUUCUUGAAAGUAAGCACUAGAAAAGAACUCUCCAAAAUGUGUGGGCUCGGUCCGCCCCGCCUGGGCGCCCAGUGGGCUCGGUCCGCCCGGGCGCGCCUCUCACCUUGGCCCGGGUCCCCGUUCCCUUUCCCUUGGGCCCGCGGCUCCGCCUUGUGGCUCCGCGCGGCGCUCCGCGGCAGCUCCGCGGGGUCAUUGGCCCGAGCCGCGGUGUCCUUAUAAGCCACUGCAGCUUUUCCCAACGGUCCAUUACGUAAGGUGCGAACUGUGGAACGGCGAGGCGGAGCGUGGCGGGGCGCGGUGGUCGUUAGGGCUGGUUG